UGACUUUCCCAGAUGGUAAAUGAUGGAGUUGGGAUUCAGCCCCGAACUGCGCAUCCCAAAGUGCACACUUUGCACCAUGAUGCCCUAAUGCUUCCCUACAGAGACAGAUCUCUGAGUAACUGGGGACUUAACCUGCCUUGUCUACUGAACCUGGGGGAAGAUCGAAUGGAGAUGAGUUGAUUAUAUUCCAUGAAGUCAUAGCUCAUCACCAGCCAGGGUUUCAACUACUUCACCUGUGGACUAUUCUAAAUUUUGCUUUCUUGGGGGAAAAUACUGGGGUAAGAGGAGGUCGUUUCUAACAAGUUAGCAUCCUUCUUUCUCCCUCCCUUUCAAGUUGAUGUAAAGGAUAAGGCUGUGACUCCUUUUGAUUGCACCUUCAAAUUAAAAUAGGAGGAGGAGAACAAGAAAGGGACAAUGGCUCUGAGUGGAAACUGUAGUCGUUAUUAUCCUCGAGAACAAGGGGCCACAGUUCCAAACUCCUUCCCUGAAGUCAUGGAGCUGAAUGUUGGGGGUCAAGUUUAUUUCACUCGCCAUUCUACAUUAAUAAGCAUCCCUCAUUCCCUCCUGUGGAAAAUGUUUUCCCCAAAAAGAGACACAGCUAACGAUCUAGCUAAGGACUCCAAGGGAAGGUUUUUCAUUGACAGAGAUGGAUUCUUGUUCCGUUAUAUUCUGGACUAUCUCAGGGAUAGGCAGGUGGUCCUGCCUGAUCACUUUCCAGAGAGAGGAAGACUGAAAAGGGAAGCUGAAUACUUCCAGCUCCCAGACUUGGUCAAACUCCUGACCCCCGAUGAAAUCAAGCAAAGCCCGGAGGAAUUCUGCCAUAGUGACUUCGAAGAUGCCUCCCAAGGAAGUGACACGAGAAUCUGCCCCGCUUCCUCACUGCUUCCUGCUGACCGCAAGUGGGGUUUCAUUACUGUGGGUUACAGGGGGUCCUGCACCAUGGGCAGAGAGGGGCAGGCAGAUGCCAAGUUUCGGAGAGUUCCCCGGAUUUUGGUUUGUGGAAGGAUUUCCUUGGCAAAGGAGGUCUUUGGAGAAACUUUGAAUGAGAGCAGAGACCCUGACCGAGCCCCAGAAAGAUACACCUCCAGAUUUUAUCUCAAAUUCAAGCAUCUGGAAAGGGCUUUUGAUAUGUUGUCAGAGUGUGGAUUCCACAUGGUGGCCUGUAACUCCUCAGUGACAGCAUCUUUCCUCAACCAAUAUACAGAUGACAAGAUCUGGUCAAGCUACACUGAAUACGUCUUCUACCGUGAGCCUUCUAGAUGGUCAUCCUCGCAUUGUGACUGCUGCUGCAAGAACGGCAAGGGUGACAAAGAAGGGGAGAGCGGCACGUCUUGCAACGACCUCUCCACCUCCAGCUGUGACAGCCAGUCCGAGGGCAGCUCUCCCCAGGAGACGGUUAUCUGCGGGCCUGUGACACGCCAGACCAACAUCCAGACUCUGGACCGUCCCAUCAAGAAGGGCCCGGUGCAGCUGAUCCAGCAGUCGGAGAUGCGGAGGAAGAGCGACCUGCUCCGGACUCUGACUUCCAGCUCCAGGGAGUCGAACAUGAGCAGCAAAAAAAAAGCCGUUAAGGAAAAGCUCUCAAUUGAGGAGGAGCUGGAGAAAUGCAUCCAGGAUUUCCUCAAGAUCAAAAUCCCAGACCGGUUCCCCGAGAGGAAACACCCUUGGCAGUCGGAACUGUUACGGAAGUACCGUCUAUAGGGCAGGGCGGGGUGGGAGGAGAAACACACGCUGAGCAUUUUGAAAUUGACCUCCGAAAGGAAAUUCAUAGUCGCUAAGAGAAACAACAACUACACAUUUGUUAGAACACAGUGCCCAUCGAUAUACUACUGCCUCUUUACCUAAUUCACCUUAACACGCACAUCCACAGGGUAGAUUUCUUUCCAGGUGGGGAAGUAUAAGAACAUCUUUUUUUCUUAGGUGUUAGUUUGUUAACUUGGUCCCAUGUGCUGAGUAGAUGAAAUGAUAGCCAGCUCCGUGAGAGGAGCCCAGAGGCCUUGAGAGUCAUUUAUCCCAAACUGUUUUUUCUGUCAUCUUCUACCUCCCUCCUGUGAACCAGAAUAUGGUAGAAAGACAUCUGGCCCAGUGGCAUAUGUUUGAUUUUUCUUAAUUUUCCUUUUCUGUUUGUUUAUGGGGGCAGGGGGAUGGCAGAUUUAUAUGACUUUUCACUCAAAUCUAUUAUAUGCCAGUUUAUAUUGACUCCGCAUGCAUGAGGAUUUGUGGGACACAAGCACAAUGCAGCGUGUACACACACAGUGCACGUGACCCCAGGGCCUGGACAGCCAGGGGGUUGCCUGCUCCCGCAGCACUCGCUCAGACAGAGGGCCUCUGCUAUUUUCUUAAAGCCCUUCUGGGAAGAUUUCCCAGCCUCUCUUGGCAACACUUUCUAAUGUCAAAUAACCCUCAUCAUCAAGAAACUGUCUUCCCUUUUUUCAAAAUUAACACCCUCAGGCUCCAUUUUACCGCGUUGCUCUUUCUCUGCAAUCAGAGAGGGUGAGAAGAGCUAGUCAGACAUUUUUUUUACUUUAAACAAACAUUCAUAUCCACAAAAAUCACUAAUAGCCCCACACUCAGCCUUCUCCACUCUGAGCUGAGCAUUCCUUCUCUCACUGCUUUCCAAGUUCUUACUGCCCAUGUUCUAUGGUGUGGCCUUUCCACACAAUCCACAUUGAAUUCUCUGCGUUCCCACAUGGUCAUGGAAGUAAGAACACCACACACUUCACAGUUGAAUCAGGGUCCAGCUUUUUAUUUCUGAGGGAAUUUUAUUCUAAACACCUCCUAAUAAUUACUCAUAGCUUUUCACACCUACAGCGAUACAUUGUCACUUUCUGGUAGCCAGUUGUGUUUGCCUUUGGGACUUGGCUGUGUCCAUACUAGGAUUGGCUGUCAUUUCUCUCAUAUCUGAACAACCCAACUAGACAACUAGAGCUCCAGAACGGAGGUUUUGGCUUUCUAACUGUCUUUCUUGAUUACAUCCUUGACCUUUGUAGACACAGCCAAAAAGAAACUGUUACUAGCCACCCAGCCAUGUGACUCUGUAUUCUAUUACUCUACCAAUAGCUCUUUCAUAGACUUAAUCAUAAAUGCAGAUUAAUAAUCCAGGUUUUAUUUUUAGCAUUCCUCAUGCAUUUCAGUGGGAACUGAAAAAUAAUUUGUUAAUCAUUAUUUUUCUGCCAAGUACUCCUAAUUUUUUAUUGUGUGUUUGUGUGUAUCUGUAUGUAUCAUCACAGGUAAUAAAGGCAACUGGAUGGUGUCUGUAGGAGGGAACAUAAUGACCAAUUGCUUCUUUUUGAAAUAUUUCACUGAUGCAUCUUUGUAUUAUGUGAGAGGUUCUGUCUUGAUUCCUGUUAUUAGUGCCCAUUAGUAUAUGGAUAUCUUUCUGAAUUUUUGUAAUUCUUGCCUUUAUACCAGUCCGACAGACUCAGCCAAUGUUUCCUUGUUGUGAUGAUUUGAAUAGAAUUUAAAGUUUUACUUAAGUGAAAAAGAAAGUUUAUUGGUGAGUUGAGUUAUCAAGAGAAUUAUAAUUUAUGAAGUUAAUUGCUUUUCUUUUACGUAUUUAUAUAGUAGCAGACAUUCUACCUUAACUGCAACAUAGCUUUGUAAAGCCUACCAAUAUAUCUUCAUUCUUUUCAAUAUUUCUUACCACAUCAAAACACCAUCCUACUAAUAAUAGAAGAUCCUUCAAAGAAUCACAGAACUUAAUAGGUCAAGAACAAGUUGAAUUGAAUGAAGAUAACCUCAAACUUACUUAGGUCAAAUGACUCUUGUGAUCCUACUGGAAGUGCUAUCAAAGAAACGGGGCUUAAAUAAAAUGACAAAGUCCCAAUUUUCUUAAAUUUCAGAGCUGACUGUAAUGGCAUCCAGAUAGAGACACAUGAGUAAGGAUUGGAGAACUAGUAUGAUGAUAGCCAACCCACUCCUUUGACUACAUACUUUAUAUAGUAUGUUAAACACUUCAAAGAAAAUAUUCAUGGCAUUAUUUCUAUCCCUUGACCUGUCAUGAAGUUUUUUUUCUGCUUAAGUACUCUUUAUACCCCAGUGAACAAAACUAAUGGUAGGAAAUUUAUUUUAGAAAAGAACAUUUCAUCUGGGUCAGCUCUAGACUGAUGCCCACCCCAUAUAGUCCAAAUAACUGAGACAACAAUGUGUUCAUUUGCUUGACUCUUGGUAUAGAGAUGGAUGUAGACAUGGUCAGGGAAAACCUCCAAAGAGGUACCGAGUAAAUGGAAAUCUUCAGUCCCAGUUUGAGUGGAGUUAUCAGGUGAUAUCUAUGCAGCCUGCAACACUGGACAUGAGUUCUGGGUGAGUUAUAAGAUUAAAUUCUCUAGUGGCCCUGGUAGUCACUGUGAUUCAGGCCUGUUUCCUGAACUUAAAAUUGUUUUAAGAACUUUUAGCUCAAUUCUGGCCCUUGUCAUAAUCAAUAUUCAAGAAGCUUCUUGUAUAUCGCCCUUGGUUAUGACAAGGGCGAUAACUUGCUGAUAUGAAGAAACUAGUAGCAUCCAGUGGGCCAAUUGAAUCAGGAGCCCCAACUUGAGUUGUUUCCUGGGAAAUCCUGCAAUUCUAAAAUCCAGGGAAGUUGAGGAGGCCACUGCCUACAAGUAUGUGGCUCUCCUGAAGUCAGAGACACAUUCAUAAAGUAUUCUUACCCACCAUCAAAAAGGGAAUGAUCUGCAUUCAUCAGAAAAGGGGGGAAGGGAAGACAGGAAAAUGAAACUGUUAGCUCAUGAAGGCUGUUUGCUCUCCCCCUGCUCAGAAGAAAUGGUGCUGAGAUGGGCCAUAAAACAACAAAGUGAAGUGGCCUCCAGAAUGUGUAGUGAUGUUGUCCUUUGUAACUGUAGGCAUAGUUUCCUCACUGGAAACACAUGCAUGGUGAAUUAAAAUAAAAGGGGAACAGUGUACAAACCCUGUGUUCCCUUCACUCUUUAUUCCUCCACAGCUAUGUUUACCCCCAAAUGAUUCAUUGGGGGGGGGGGACAUAUUGAAUAAAGGGGAGUCGCCAUGGUGUUUUUCACUUUUCGAUUGGCCUGAUAUGAUUCUGAGGCAGCUCUGUCCAUAGGCACAGAUGUGUGUUGUUCAUUCUGGGUCCUCUUAGUUACCACUGAUUGAGCUUCUGGAUUACUUUUGCUUCUCUGGGUUUUAAAUUCCUCUCUGAUUAUCCUUUGUCUGUGCCAAGCAAACCAUGCUCCAGUGAGAAAAUCAAAGGCAUAUCUGGCAUUUUGCAAAAUUGCUUGAUGCCAGCUCCCAUAAUGGGACCCAAACUUUGAUUCUCAUACAUUUUCCUUCACUACAAUUUCAACUUUCCAACUCUGUGGUUCCUGUUUGAGUGCUGGUAUUUCUGCCAUGCUCCGGAAGAUAUCUUGCUGUGAACUCUAAGUAACCUUGGUCUUCUAGGUGACCUUUACUAGAAUUAAUAAGACUUUCUGUAAACUUUUCAGGUGGGAUUCUUAGUUACCUCCACCUAACAUAGCAAUUUUCAAAGGAAAAAUGAAGGCAGUUACUUCCUCUCCCCACCUUCCCUCCAGCACUCUGUGGCGGAUGAAUGUUUUUUUUUUUUUUUUUUCCAAUUUGCAUGCUGGGUUAUAGGUUUAGCAUGGACCAUUUCUCUCUUUAAUGUCUUGAUAUUGUUGAAUCUUGCAAUCUCGAUAGCCCACUGUUUCCAUUUAUUUAUUUUCUUUUAUAUUGUCAAAAUAACACACUAGAGGAAGAAUCAGAAUGAGCAUUUUGUG